AUGAAAUUAAUAAUUGAAGAAAUUUUAGAAAUAAAUAAUAACAAUCAAAAUAAUUCAAAUGUAUUUAUAAAAACUGACCAAUAUUUAUACCCUGGUUUGACUUAUAUUAUAAGAUUUUCAAUUGAACUAGAUGGAAAGUUGUAUGAUCAAUAUACUGAUAAAAACAAUUUUGGUAAUCUUUACAAUUUUUUAGUCUCACCUUCUAAUAAUUUCAUAUCUACUAUUCCUGCCCAGCUCUUUUCUAUAAAUUAUCCCUUCCUAGUAUGGACUGCUUAAGAUGUACAGUUUGAUGGUAAGUAAGCAAUAGAUUUAGAAGAUAUUCGAAUUUACUUAGCAUAAUUAUAAAUUUUAAGAACAAGUUAGUAUAAAAUAUACAAUGGAUGUAAAGAGCAAGGAAUGGAAAAAAUUUAUUUAAAUAACCAGUAAAAUAUAUUCUUCAUAUGUAAGUACUGCGAGCAAACAAAGGUUAGCUACAAUGGAGUAUGUCAAAAUUGUUAAGCAGAUUAAUUCUCAUAGUGUUAUGGAAAUUACUCAGAACUAAAAAAAUCUUAUUGGAGAUCUAUAUAUUCUGUAGAUUAAUAAGAUAUUUAUUAUUGUGCUAAUAAUCCUGAAAGUUGUUAAGGAGGUAGUGGAAUUGGAAAUGAGCUUUGUUAUGAAGGUCAUGUAGGAGCUUAGUGUUUAAAUUGUGAUAUUUAUGGUGCCUAUUGGAAUGAAAAGUAUUCUAUAGUGGGCUUCUUUUAAUGUGUAAAGUUUCCCCUUUCUUCUCUUUAGACUGCUUAAUUUCUCAGUAUAAACCUGAAUCUGUGA